GUGCUUAAAAGACACACCAAAAACUGUUACAACCCCCUUUUGGUCUGCCUUUUGGCCACCGCCCCCCUCUCUCUGUAGCAUUAUCUUUCUCUCUCUAACUAUACAAAUAUUUAUCUGUUGUAUUCAUAUUUGAACUCUUUUUCUCUCUCAAAAUGCUUUUUCUUGAGCUAUGAAUUAAUCUUCCAGCUUUGUAUACACACACUCACUGGGUUUAGAGCUCUGAUUUCUUAUCAAGUUCAUAUGUAUAUGUUGGUGGUGAUUCGAGUUUUGAAGGUUUGCUAGAUUGAAAUCUUUGCAGUUUCUAUUCAAACACAGCGUUUGAUAUUGUUUGAAUAGCUUUUAAUCUAUACUCUGAAGUUCUAAACUCAUUUCAGUAUAUUUGAAGCAAGUUUUGAAGAUUUCGAUCAAAAGAAAGAGAAAUGUGUUCAUCUUUCAGUUCUUGAAGUAGGAAUUUGCUUUGAAUUUUUGUGUAUAAUUUCAGGUUAGCUAGAGAGAGAGAGGUAAAGGAAGAAGUGUGCGUGCGUGUGUGUGUGAGAGAGAGAUUUUUUGUUGAUCACGUGAGACCGGUGAAAAUGCCGCAUCGAACGACUUACUUUUUCCCGAGACAAUUUCCGGACCGUGGAUUCGAUGCAUCGUCAAAGUUCGUCUUAGAUCACGAGAAGAAGAUCACAUCAGAGAGCUUUAAUGGUGACAGUGACCGAAAAGCGUCAAAGAUCUCAAAGGAGGUCACAGUUGGCGGCAAGAGUUCAACUGUAUCGGAUCGUUUCACGGGCGGCGACAAGAUUCACGGGAAGCAAUUGACCGCUUUUGUCAACUGGUUGGCCGAAAAAAAAGGAAAAAGCUCUGCUCACGUGAGAUUGGACGACGGCGAUGACGAUCACGAGCUCUUGCUGCCUCAGCCGGAGCCGCCGCCUCCGCCGCCGCCGCAUGUGGUGGUUUCCUGUGAAGAGCAGCACGGCGGGACGCCGGUGGUGGUUAGUUCCGGCAGAGAUCGAGGUUUUGACCGCCAAAUGUCGUUGCAGAGGGUUUCAAGCGAGAGCAGCUGCGGUGGUGCGACGGUGGUGGUUAGUGCCGGUAAGGAUCGGGGGUUCGAGCGGCAGGUGUCGUUGCAGAGGCUGUCGAGCGGGAGUAGCUACGCGGGGAGCUUGUUUUCGGGGACGACAUUGGAUGGGAACAUGUCGAGCGGAGUACAAAUGUCCACGACGACGAUGACGAGGGAGGUGGUGGAAGAGAGUGGAGAUGGUUUUGCAAAUAGGAAACGAGAUAACUAUUAUUUGCUGCUUACGCUCGCCAAACGGAUCACUGAGCAAGCGUCGCUUGGUGGUGAACCUAUACCUCUGCAAGAGUGUGGAGUCCUCGAGGGUCUUGGUUUAUCUUCAGACGCAGAAACUGUUUCUUAUCGACUCUGGGUUAGUGGUUCGUUGUCAUAUACUGAUAAGAUAUCAGAUGGAUUCUAUAACAUUCUGGGAAUGAAUCCAUAUCUGUGGGCGAUGUGCAAUGACAUGGAGGAAGGAAGACGACUGCCAUCUUUAAUGGCACUUAAAGCUAUUGAACCCCAUAAUACAUCCAUGGAGGUGGUUCUUGUCAAUAGACACGAGGAUUCACGACUCAAGGAGCUAGAAGACAAAGCACAAGAACUUUAUUUUGCUUCGGAAAAUACCUUAGUGUUGGUGGAAAAACUCGGCAAGCUCGUUGCUAUCUAUAUGGGGGGCAAUUUUCCAGUGGAGCAAGGUGAUCUCCACAGGCACUGGAAGUUUGUUAGCAAGAGGUUAACGGAUCUUCGGAAAUGCAUCGUGCUCCCAAUCGGCAGCCUGUCUAUGGGACUUUGUAGGCAUCGCGCUAUUCUUUUCAAGAAGUUGGCAGACUAUAUAGGUCUGCCUUGUCGGAUAGCUCGAGGUUGCAAGUAUUGUGAUUCAGACCAUCAGUCUUCCUGCCUUGUCAAAAUUGAGGAUGACAGGAAGUUCUCAAGGGAAUAUGUAGUUGAUCUAGUUGGGGAACCAGGAAAUGUCCAUGGUCCUGAUUCCUCAAUCAAUGGAGGUCUACUUUCCACCGUGCCUUCACCAUAUCAGAUUACUCAUCUAAAAGAAUCUCAACAACCUUACGUGGAUAAUGCAUCAUGUUGUCAAAUCCAAAACCCAAAUCACACAUGUACCCCUCUUGAAAAUCUUCAAUAUUCAGGCAUUGGGGAUGGAAGUCAUCAAAUGGAGGAUAAUGACUCGCUUAAAAAUUUAGAUGAGACCAUGUAUAGUCCAACUAGCAAAGUUUGUGGAGGAAGUGAAUUGCCUGAACCACUGGAUGUUGGUGCUGCUGAGAUAUCAAUAGUAGAUGAAUAUUCUAGGCCUUGUGGAGAUAAAGUAAUUAAACAACAGGCAUACAGAAAUGCAAUUGUUACCUUUGGAAGUUCUAUUACAAGCACUUCUGUAAUACAACCUAAACCAGAUCUUAUGGAAGUCGAGAGUAGAAUUGAGUCUCGACACAAAUUUUCUACUGAAACCAUCCCAAGAUACUUGAACCUUGAGCCGUCUCUUGCGAUGGAUUGGCUUGAGAUCUCAUGGGAUGAAUUACAUAUUAAGGAGCGUGUUGGUGCUGGUUCAUUCGGGACAGUGCAUCGUGCUGAAUGGCAUGGAUCGGAUGUUGCAGUCAAGGUUUUAACCGUACAGGAUUUUCAGGAUGAUCAGUUGAAGGAGUUCCUGAGGGAGGUUGCAAUAAUGAAACGUGUUCGUCACCCAAAUGUGGUUCUCUUCAUGGGUGCUGUUACAAAGCGUCCACAUCUGUCAAUAGUCACAGAAUAUCUUCCUAGGGGUAGCCUAUACCGCCUUAUCCACAGGCCGUCUGCUGGGGAAGUUUUGGAUAAAAGGAGACGGUUGCGCAUGGCACUCGAUGUGGCCAAGGGAAUCAAUUAUCUUCAUUGUCUUAGCCCUCCUAUAGUUCACUGGGAUCUAAAAUCUCCAAAUCUGUUGGUUGAUAAAAAUUGGACUGUAAAGGUGUGUGAUUUUGGGCUUUCCAGAUUCAAAGCAAACACUUUCAUACCAUCAAAAUCUGUUGCUGGAACACCCGAGUGGAUGGCCCCAGAAUUCCUUCGCGGAGAGCCCUCAAAUGAGAAGUCUGAUGUUUACAGUUAUGGGGUAAUUUUAUGGGAACUCGUGAGCAUGCAACAGCCUUGGAGUGGACUUAGCCCUGCCCAGGUGGUUGGUGCUGUUGCUUUCCAGAACAGAAGGCUUGCUAUCCCUCAGAAUACCUCCCCCGUGUUAGCUUCCCUCAUGGAAUCUUGCUGGUCCGACGACCCUCAUCAGCGCCCCUCAUUUGCUAGCAUCAUCGACACACUGAAGAAGUUGCUAAGGUCUCCAACGCAGUUGUUACAAAUGGGAGGGCCAUAAAGAGCCAUCCGGGGUUUUUAUGCUCUUGAAGUUUUUGAACCACGCGGAGCUGCUUCUGGAGAUUAAAUUGACCAUUGUCUCAGAGGAGGUUUUCUAAUUUCUCAUUCCGACAGAGCUUUGAUCCCAUUCUAAGCAAGAACCGGAGAUAUGAUGCUUAUCUAACUUACGUGAAACCGGAGAUAUGAAUUUGUCUUGAAGCCUUAAUUGUAUAUACGGAUAAGUUAUUUCUGUAUUCAUAAGGGCUUCCAUAUGGGAGAGAGUUAUCCCACGAGCUUAUGAUUCCCAAGUCUGAAAUAUUUACAGAUUCAUAGAUUCACUGUUGUUUCAUGUGGACUGUAAUUAAUCAGUGAGAAAUUAUAUGCUCUUCCUGUCUCACUGUUAUAAUAAUAAUGUAAUGAAUUGCUUAAAAUAUUUACUAUAAAAGAAUUUCUUGUUAUAUGCAGUUUAUUGAUCA